AUGACUUCACCCGUGGUCCCUUGCAAGCGGCGUCGAGCCUCCUCUGCAGGUUCUGGCGCCAACCAGUUUGCGUCUGAACAACUCGCGGCCCUCCCAAAACCCAUCAAAAUGGGCCCAGAAAGCCACAUUGCGACCGAAGACCUCAGAUUCAUACUCUCCUAUUUACCCCUCUCGAUGGUCAUCGACAUAUUGACAUCUGCAGCCUCCGAUGAUCAAUCUCAAGCUUGGAAGAUCGCCGAGCGUUUCAACGAGUUCAUCAUCCCACGGAAGCUCGAGUGUAUGAGAAACAACGACGUCGAGGGUCUCAACUCACUCCCGGGUCCCUUCGCCAGAUCUGCUCCACUUAGACAUCUGUCCACGGCCACUGUGUCCUUGAUGCUCUCUCAUUUACCCCCCUUCGCAGUCCUUGACAUGCUUGCCUCUGCCGUUCCUUCCGACCGGAGUCUGGGUUGGACAAUUGCUAGGCGGUUUAACGAUCAUGUUAUCAGGCGCAAGUGGGAACUUACAAAGCUGGUUGAGGAUGAGGCGGCUCGCGGCAUGCCCGAGACUCCGGCCAGGAAGACUGUGAGCAUUUACAGAGGGAGAGACCUUUACAUCAUCGACGUCCAGGAUGUCGUUGACCGUCUGAAUUCACCCGCUUGGAACGGAAACGACUCUACCCGCGAGUUUAGCGAUGAAGAGAUGGAGUGGAUCAACAAGUACGUGCUGCCGCUGGGAGUUUGUCAAAGUAACCGCGAGUAA